UGUAUAAGUAACAAUUACCUGAAGUGUCAAAACUACCUUUACAUUUAGAUUUCAAAUUUUGUUAUUCUAGUUAUGCCAUUACUAUAAACUUUUUUUGAAUAUUGGGAAGAUAGGAAAAUACAGUUUUCAAAAUGCAUUGUAAGCAAUUAAAAUUAGGUGAUGUCUGGAGAACCUGCAACAAAAUCCGUGCUGCGAUUUUCCGUAUGGGAAUAAACCUAUCGGAAUAUUUUAAACCCUUAGACCCCCACAAAAAUUGUCUUAUAUCAGAAUCACAAUUUAUUUCUGUAAUUCAUGGACAAUUGGGAGGAACAAUUGGUCUUUCCGAACAAGAAGUCGCAGAGUUAGCAGACUAUUUUCGAGUCCCCGAUGGUCGCAUUUACUAUACCCAGUUAUGUGAUGUCAUAAACGAUAGCGUGCCAAAGUUUAGCCAAAACAGCUCUAUAGUGACGGGUCUAGAAUGGGAAGAUCCUCUACAUACCAACAGAUUAAGUAUUUCUGAAGAGAGGAGGUUAAACGUACUCCUAACUAAAAUUGCUUCACUAGUCAACAUGAAAAAACUCAUACUUCGGCCGUAUUUUCAAGACUAUGAAUUAGUUUCUAAGAAUAACGGGACCGUUACAAUAGCACACUUUGCAAGAAUUUUGGCAUAUCUAAAUAUAUUAUUGUCAGCAGAUGAUUUUAACUUAUUGGUCAAGAAAUAUCUGAAGGAUAGCUAUACUCUGAAUUAUAUAGCUUUCAUACACGCCAUCGAUCAAGUUAUUCAGUACCUAGACAGAAAUGGAAUUUUGGAUCUCAGCGGGGAUAUAAUGGCAAUAUUUCCUGGACGUGUUAUUAAUGCAGAACUUCCAAAAUUGCCUCGUCCAGAAAUAGGAAAAAUAAUGGCAGCUAAAUUAUUUGGGAAACAAACGAUCUUUCACCCAGCUUUAGAGGAUCCAAAGAAAAUUGAGCAUAUUCUAACUACAGUAUCAAUGAUACAGGAACAUGUAUUAAGAAACAGACUGAGAGUGGAAACCUUUUUUAAACAUUUUGAUCUUCUGAAUUCGGGAAGAAUCACUGUAGAUCAGUUUCAUCGGGGACUAGAUGCAUUAGCUUUAAGUGGAAAGCAGAGAUUUUUUUUAUCUUUACCUGAUGUUCAAGCAGUAAUCAAUCAGUAUAGAGAUCCAUGCGAUCCAACCAGAGUUUGUUGGAAAACUUUUGAAGAUGACAUUGAUCAUAUAUUUACUGUAAAGGAGUUAGAAAAACAUCCAGACUUAAAAGUAGAAUUACCAAGGAGCGAAGAACUGGAGGCUACUAAACUUGGUGGAAAAAAUUGGCAAAGUGUAAACACCGAACACAGAAACUUAUGUGAGGAUGCUGUUUAUAAAGUAAAGCAAAAAAUUAUUCAUAGACGGAUUCUCUUAAAGCCCAUGUUUAAAGAUUUUGACAAACAUAACAACGGACAUGUCAGUCGAUCCCAGAUGAGACAGGCAUUGAAUUCUAAUGGCAUAUUAUUGUCAGAUGACGAACUGUUUGCAUUAGAAGAAAGAUUUAAAAACGAUAUGGGAUUUAACUAUGUCUGGUUUUUAAGAGAGGUUGAACCUAAGCCGACAGAUGAGCCAUUGUAUGUCCGAUUUCUGGAAGACAUGAAGAGACUUAACGCAGAACCCACUAAAAAACCUCCAAGCAGAGAAGAAAAGGAUAUUGUUCAUAUAAUGGCUAAAAUUAAGGGAAAGGUAGUCAGGGAAAGGAUCAGAGUGUUGGAAUUCUUAAGAGACUUUGACAAAUGCAAUGAACAAGUUAUAAGCAGAAUAAAUUUCCAUCGAGCAUUAAUUACUUGUGGUUUCGAUCUAACGUGUAAUGAGGUGGAAACUCUAAUGGACGUAUUUGCGUCUCCCCUGCGGCGUGAGUGUAUUGACUAUCAACGAUUCGCAAAUGUUGUGGAAGAAGCAUUCACCCAAUCUUGUUUGGAAAGAGCUCCACUUAUAGUACCGAUUCAGCAUGUUCCAACCAAGGAUUGUGAGAAAAACUUCUUGAACUUCGACGAGCGGUUGGUUCUAGGAGUGGCCAUGCAGAAAUUGUCCAAGAAACCUGAUUUGCAAAUGAACCUAUCAUCUGUUCUUAAGGACUUUGACAAAACGAAUUGUGGUACAGUAUCAAGAACACAUUUCCUAAAGGCCUUAACACUACGCGGAAUGUACAACUUGAUAUCAAACAAAGAGUUUGAUGUGAUCUGUAAAUGUUUUGGAUUUGAGAGAGGAAUGCGGGACGAGGUUGAUUAUAGAGCUUUUUUGAAAGCUUUGGAAAUACUUUAUGCAACAGACAAAUACAAUCCGUUUUAAAAACUGAAGGAAAUAAAUACAAUCUUUUAGAA